CCCAGUGCCACAGGGGCUGCCCCCGCUCAGCUGUCGCUGUCUGUGACGCUCCCGUGACGGUCCUGCUCGGCUCAGCCCUGCCACCAGCACCCAGUGCUUGCAGCGCCUGCAGUCCCCACGCAUGGACCUGUGCCAUGUCCCUGCCACCCGGGAGAAGGGCUGGUACCUGGCACUGAUGGCCCCCAACGUCAAAGGUCCCAACUAUGCCUGGCUGGACCCCUCCCGGCUCUACUGCCACCCGCAAGGCUUGCAGGACUGCGUGGCCGACCUGCUGCAGCCCUUCCAGGGAGAUGCCAUCGACAUGGUGGCCGGCAUCGACGCCAUGGGCUUCAUCCUGGGCGCUGCGGCCGCUGCCACUCUGCGGAAAGGCUUCCUGGCCAUCCGCAAAGCCGGGCACCUGUGUGUGCAGACGGUGGCACAGCCCUACAGCGACUACUCGGGCCGCCAGAAGGUGAUGGAGGUCCGCACCGACGCCAUCUCGCCGGGUCUGCGCAUCCUUCUCGUGGACCAGUGGGUUGAAACUGGGGGCACCAUGAGAGCGGCCAUCGAGCUGGUGGAGCGGCUGGGGGGGGUCGUGGCAGGCGUCGCUGCCAUCUGCAUGGAGAACAGCGAGGGAGGGAAGUGGAUCCAGGAGCGCUACAAGUGCUCCCACUGUGUCCCCCCCCGCCUGCAGCCCCGCUUCGACCAGCACCACUUUGGCUGGGACUGAUGUGGGAGUGUCACCUCGUGUGUCCCCUGCAGCCCCCCGAGGGACACAGGGCUGCUGGCUCUGCAGGACAGGGAUGCUCCUCGGUGGAAGAGGAACU